GAAAAUUAUAAUGCGUUCAGAUAGGUUGCGUUGGAAAAGGUUUUCAAUACAUAUCUUGUGUAUCUCUUUAAAUUCAAAGACAACAGAAAAUAUAGUUUUGAAAUAAUAUAUUCUCAUUCUAAUCAAUCCCAAACUGAUGAAAAACCAAUUUAAUCCUAGUGCUAAUUUCUUCAGUGUUCCAGCUUAUUUCACAGUAAAGUGUUGUGGGCUUCUCUAUGCUCUUUGAAUCAAAAUAACACUAGAAACAGACAGAAGAGCAACGAACGAUGCUUGUAUCCUAGAAACCGGGUGAUUUUCCAAGCACGUUUGAGCAUUGUUUGAUUGAUAUUUCAAUGUUUGAUCAUUAAUUUCUUAUUUUGUGUUGUAUUCAGUGGUAAAUAAUGGCAUCUAUCACAGCUGCUAAGGAUCAAGAAGUUCGAGAAAUAACCCGCAUUGAACGAAUUGGUGCUCACUCUCAUAUCCGGGGACUCGGCCUGGAUGAUGGACUCGAGCCAAGAAAGGUGUCGCAAGGCAUGGUUGGCCAGCUGAAGGCCAGAAGAGCAGCCGGUGUGGUUCUUGCCAUGGUCAAAGAUGGAAAAAUUGCCGGAAGAGCCGUCCUACUGGCUGGACAGCCUGGCACAGGUAAAACUGCAAUCGCUAUGGGGCUCGCUCAAGCACUGGGAGCUGAUACGCCAUUCACCAGUAUGGCUGGCUCAGAAAUAUAUAGCUUGGAAAUGAGCAAAACUGAAGCUCUUACUCAGGCUAUUAGAAAAUCGAUCGGUGUACGAAUCAAAGAAGAAACAGAAAUAAUCGAAGGCGAAGUGGUUGAAAUUCAAAUAGAGCGACCAGCAUCAGGCACUGGAGGCAAAACCGGCAAGCUGACAUUGAAGAGCACUGAGAUGGAAACAAUGUAUGACUUGGGAAGCAAAAUGAUCGAAUCUCUAACCAAAGAAAAGAUCCAAACUGGUGAUGUAAUUACGAUUGACAAAGCAACAGGCAAGAUAAGCAGGCUGGGAAGAUCCUUCACUCGCGCCAGAGAUUACGAUGCUACUGGGCCACAAACCAGGUUUGUGCAGUGCCCAGAAGGAGAACUGCAAAAACGAAAAGAAGUUGUUCACACUGUUACAUUGCAUGAGGUGGAUGUCAUCAACUCCAGAACUCAUGGCUUCCUGGCACUCUUUUCAGGUGACACUGGCGAGAUAAAAUCUGAAGUUCGUGAGCAAAUCAAUGCCAAAGUUGGCGAAUGGAGGGAAGAAGGAAAAGCUGACAUCAUUCCUGGAGUGUUAUUCAUUGAUGAGGUUCAUAUGUUGGACAUUGAAUGCUUUUCUUUCCUGAAUCGGGCUCUAGAAGAUGAGAUGGCUCCGAUAGUGAUAAUGGCGACGAAUCGAGGCAUCACUCGCAUCCGAGGCACCAACAUCAGCUCUCCGCAUGGACUCCCUCUAGACCUGCUCGAUCGAAUGGUCAUCAUACCCACAUCACCAUACGAAGAGGCCGAACUCAAAGAAAUCCUCAAAAUUAGGUGUGAGGAAGAGGACUGUGAAAUGAGUGAGGACGCACUUUUAGUCCUAACUAAGAUUGCAGUGGAAACAUCACUGAGAUAUGCCAUCCAACUAAUCACUACUGCUAGUCUUGUCAGUAGAAAAAGGAAGCGAACUGAGGUUGGUAUCGAUGAUGUGAAAAGAGUUUAUUCGUUGUUCCUUGAUGAGGGGCGUUCCACGCAAUUUUUGAAAGAAUACCAGGAUGAGUACCUGUAUGACCAGUCAGCUGGAGGAGAUGCUGAAGCAAUGGAAGUCACCGUAUAAUAAGGAUUAUUUAGAUUACAUUCCGCAAGAAUGAGGCUAUAUUAAGUUUUUUUACCAUAUUUUACUAUUGAAAAAUUCAUGUGAUCAUGAACAUUUUUGUAAUAAAAUCUAAGUUGGAAGAUUUCGUUUA